AUAUGUUUCAUGUAUAAUGCAUAAGUACACGCACCUCUGACAAAAAGUAGAAAGUGUCACUUCAGAUUUCUUCUGACAGUCAUUUUUUUAAAAUUAAUUUUUAAUCAUGUCAUAUCUGAAUCAGCCUAGUUAUGUGCAAUACGUGUGUAACUGCGGAUCUUUGAAACCGAUUUCAAAGAUUUAUUUUUGCAGACAUUGUUCAAAAAUUCGUUGCGGUUAUUGUGUAUGUCAAGAGGUGGAUUCACAUUAUUGUCCUAAUUGUAUGGAGAAUUUACCAUCGUCAGAAGUUCGCCUUAAAAAGAACAAAUGUUCAAAUUGCUUUGAAUGCCCUUGCUGUUUUCAAACUUUAUCUACAAGAGCUGGACAUGUUCCUUUAAGAGUAGCACCUUCAGAUGGAGAGGAUCCUAAAGAUGUUAAAACAACACCUAAAAAAGUUUAUUACUUAUUUUGUUCAUUAUGUCGAUGGACUUCCAGAGAUGCUGGUAUUCCAGAUCAGUCUGUAGCUACUGGAGGUUGGCCUGAACAAGAAAACCCUCAUACGAAUCGUAUAAAUGCAUUAAUUGAUUAUCAUAAAAUAUUGGGUUAUAUAGAAAGACAACAUCGUGAGAAGAAGAAAUUUCGGCCAAAACGUCUUUAUUCACAAAUGAAUAUGUUAACUAUGACAUCUGCUAUGAUUCGAAAACGUAUUGGUCUUGCCUCUGAACCACCUAUGCACUCACAAUCAACUGAUGAGCCACCACCAUCUAUUGCUACUGAAGAAGUAGAAGAAUUAUCUCCAGAAAUUUUUACAGAACCAGUAGACAUAACUAAAAUUACUACGUUGGAACAACGCUUACAACAUCCGGAAGUGCAAGCGGAAAAAGUAAAUGAACUACGUCCACAGCAUAGACAAUUUUUAGUUAAGAAAUCGCAACGGUGUCGAGUGUGCGACCAUUGUCUUAGUAAACCAGAUCUUUCUUCACAGUCUACCAAGUUCAAGAUUAAAUUAGCUGCAUUUUAUUAUGUACCAGAAGUAAGGAUUGUUUCUUGUGAACCACUUCGCCCAGGCAAAUCGAGCGAACUACUUUUAAAGUUUUGUAACCCAACUCAACAUCAAACUCAAGUAACCUUGUUACCAUUAGAUACACCAGUAAAUCCUACUGUAACAGUAGAAUGCGAGAAAGAGGAGGUUAAUGAGGAAGAUGCACCACAGGAAUCUGAAUCUCCAAAUUUACUACCUUCUAUUGUACGACAAAUUCCAAUAAUAGAAGAUGUUAAACCUAUAAAAAUUUCUGCAAAUGCAGAAUUAGUUUUGCCUCACAGUCCACUUAUUCUGCCACCCAGAGAUGACACUGUUGAAUAUGAUGAUACAGGUGAUACCAAUAACUUCCAAGAUGAUCCAAAGCUCGUGAUUUGGCGUAAGGGAAAUAAAGCAGUAAUAAAAUUGCAUGUAACUCCUCACGAGAAUAUCCAAGUGACUGAAGAUACUUCAGCUAUAGUUGGAUUUGUUAUGCAAUAUGGCUACGUGAAUACAAUUACAACAUUGGAACAUAAAGCACCUCAGAAGCUGGAUCUACAAGUCAAGCUAUAUCUCACUGUAGGAAACAUCCUGGAAUCUGCUUAGUAUAUGCUACCAUAAUACAGUGCAAUAUUAAUAUUUAUAAAUACUCCAAAAAUUUUGUUACAAUAAUCAAUUCUUAUAUAGUAUAUAUAAGCUGUA